GAGAGGGGCCGAGGUGCCGGCAGGUCACAUGUUGCUGUCAGACAGUCGCAGCCUACGUGCCGGUGUAUCGGAAAAAAGGAGCGGCGGCGGCACAGGCGGGGCGGGUAGGAGGGCUAUGAGCUCAUGCUGAGUGCGCACAGUGCUUAUCUCUCCCAUAUAAACCCGCCGGGCAGCAGUGCUACUCACUCAUACUGCUCUUCCUACAGCAGCCACCUGCGGAACCCCUACUGCCGCGGAACCCCUACUUCCGCGGAACCCCAGCCCUGCUCCUACUGCCGCGGAACCCCAGCCCUGCUCCUACUGCCGCGGAACCCCAGCCCUGAUCCGACUGCCGCGGAACCCCAGCCCUGCUCCUACUGCCGCGGAACCCCAGCCCUGAUCCGACUGCCGCGGAACCCCAGCCCUGCUCCUACUGCCGCGGAACCCCCAGCCCUGCUCCUACUGCCGCGGAACCCCAGCCCUGCUCCUACUGCCGCGGAACCCCCAGCCCUGCUCCUACUGCCGCGGAACCCCAGCCCUGCUCCUACUGCCGCGGAACCCCAGCCCUGCUCCUACUGCCGCGGAACCCCAGCCCUGCUCCUACUGCCGCGGAACCCCAGCCCUGCUCCUACUGCCGCGGAACCCCAGCCCUGCUCCUACUGCCGCGGAACCCCCAGCCCUGCUCCUACUGCCGCGGAACCCCAGCCCUGCUCCUACUGCCGCGGAACCCCAGCCCUGCUCCUACUGCCGCGGAACCCCCAGCCCUGCUCCUACUGCCGCGGAACCCCAGCCCUGCUCCUACUGCCGCGGAGAUCUCCGGAGCCAAUAGGAACUCAUUCUCCCAUCACAUCUGCCAAGGAGCCCAGCUUCCCACAUCAUCAAGGGGCCCCCACCUGCUCUUUUAAAGGGACCCUUCAUCUUUCAGCAAGAUUUUCUAAUAUCACUUCCCAAAGAGGGCCACUCCCAGUGUGGACAGGGGCCCAAUCUAAUUGCUGGCAGUGUGUGCUAUACUGUGGCCCUGACAUCUCUGCUGUACCCCUGGCCCCCCAGCCUGCCCCCCAGCCAUGGGUCGCUACACAGGCAAGACCUGCCGGCUUAUUUUCAUGCUGGUGCUGACAGUCAUCUUCUUUGUGGCCGAGCUGGUGUCUGGCUACCUUGGCAACUCCAUCGCCCUCAUAUCGGACUCCUUCAACAUGCUGUCUGACCUCAUCUCCCUGUGUGUGGGCAUCACAGCCUCUCAGAUUUCCCGCCGCAAGAGCCGUGGCCCCAGGGCCACCUAUGGCUAUCCUAGAGCCGAGGUGGUCGGUGCCCUGUGCAAUGCCAUCUUCCUCACCGCCCUGUGUUUCACCAUCCUGGUGGAUUCGGUGCUGAGACUGGCCCAACCCCAGAGGAUCGAUAACGUCACCCUGGUCCUGAUUGUGGGGACCCUGGGGCUGCUAGUAAACAUUGUGGGCCUGCUGGUCUUCCAGGACUAUGGUUCUUGUAUGCGGUUCAUCUGCGGGCGCAAGAGUGACCUAGAACGUGCCAGCUCGGAGGACAACGAAGCAGGUGAUGCUAUGAGCCCCCCGGAAGAUGAGAAGAGCGAAGAAAAGAAGAAGGAGGAGAAGAAAGCGGCGACCCUGAAUAUUAGAGGUGUUAUGCUCCACGUCGUUGGCGAUGCCUUGGGCUCGGUGGUGGUGGUGGUCACGGCUGUCAUUUUCUAUGUGCUCCCCUUGGAUGCGAACGCCCCCUGCAACUGGCAGUGCUACAUAGACCCCAGCCUGACCGUGGUGAUGGUCGCCAUCAUCCUCUACUCUGCCUUCCCGCUCAUCAAAGAGACGGCCUACAUCUUGCUUCAGAUGGUCCCUCAAGGAGUCCAAGUGGGAGAGAUCGGUCAAAAAUUAGCCCUGGUUCCUGGGGUCAAUAGCGUCCACGAGAUCCACAUCUGGGAACUUGCCAGCGGCAAGAACAUCGCCACCCUCCACGUCAAAUUUCAGGACUUCGCCAGUCACGCCACUGCCAGCCAGGAGAUCCGGAGAAUCUUCCACGAGGAGGAGAUUCACGCAGUGACCAUCCAGGCCGAGUUCCCCAAUGAGAAGGACCUGACGCUGGCGUGCAGCGCGCCGUGCAUCUCCGAGAAAUGCGACCCCUAUCUCUGCUGCAGCCGCGACCUGGUUCCCUACGCCGAGACCGACAACAAGACACUGAAAAAGGGCAAAUCCUCCCAAGUGUGGUACAGGAGCAAUGACUUGGCCCUCAAUGUCGAUGCCGAGGCCUCUGAAGAUGAAGAAGGUGGACUGAAAAUGAAGCAGAACGGCUUCACUAUAGAGGAGGAAGGCAAAAAGGCCACUCAUUUAUAACAACUGCAACAUACAAAGCAGUACGGACCAAUCAGAACUCAUUACAGCCCCAACCAGUCCUGCUAUCAAUACUAUAUACUAUGUAUCUGGACAUCACAUGACUUGAACUUAGGACACGGUAUGGGCAAAUAUAUGUAUUUGAGUAGGUGUUUUUACUGUUAAGGCUCCUGUUGAAUGGCAGGUGAAAGGUUAAUGGGCCGGAAAAACAUGUCGGGCAGGCUUUAUGGGGCCGGUUAAACAUGUCGCACAAGGUCCGUGGUGGGCCCCGGGGGAAGUAGGAAUAAAUUAAGUGUUUAUAAUGGACACCUUCAUGGAACAGUGUAAUAAUUCAUUAGUGUUGGAUAUAACCGGCCUCCCAUUCUCUGCACAAUAUCCGGAGAUUUACAGGCUCCCUGGUUCUGGGGUGCCUCCUCUCCCUGAUUCUAUAAGGGUAAAUAUCACUAAUAAGGGUAAAUAUCACUUAGUGCUGUUGAAAGAGACUCUCCCCCCCCAAAGUGGCUUUCUUUACCACAAUAAGUAGGCUACCCAUCACCAAUGGGGCCACUAACACCCAAAAAAAAUAGAAACACAAAAAAGCAAAUAGAAACACAAAAAAGCAAAUAGAAACACAAAAAAGCUCAGGUACUUUCAGCAUCACAAUUUUAGUACCCCUAAAAAGUGGCUCCAUGGAGCCCAAAGCACCCCCCCCACAUAGACAUUAAUGUAACCCAAAAAAGUAGCCAAGUGCUUGUCAGGGGUUUUACAUUACAGCCCUUAAGCUGUCUGCUCUAAUUAUACAGCGGGGCAGUUGUUUGGCUAUGAUUGGCCAGUAAAUCAGUUCGGGUGACGUUUGAGCCAAUGGGCAGAAGCCCCUAGCACCAAGCAGUUUACUUUCAUUGAUCUAUUACAGUCAGUAUAAUUAAAAUAAAUCAUUUGAUUGGUCACUUGGGCAGCUUCAUAAAUAGCCAGUUAUUAGCACUGGCUUUUACACUUCUUUUUAGGGUGUUACAUUUAGGCCCCUAUGGGUAUAGUGUGGGGUGGGGGUGGGGGGCAGAUUUUGGUGCUGUAUGACUAAUUCAGGUGAAUCUUUGUGCUGUAUUGCUCUUUGUAUUCCUGUGUAGCACAAUGGUGCAUAAUGUACUGUAUAUAAUGUAUAUGAAGAUCAUUAAAUCUGGUUUCUGAAGGCUGCACUGGGGCUCCUGAUGGAAUGCUCUAUUCACUCAUACAGAUGUUAUAUGGAACUUGGUGACCAGUUCACUCCAUUCACUCCUUGGCAGCAGGCAGCUAAAGGUUAUAAAUUGCCCUGAAUUGCCUGCUAGGGCACCCGUGUGUCCGACCAUAUUCUCAGGCUGCAGGCGAUUACCAUCCGGCGCAUUGGGGGGGGGGAAUUUAUAACGUUUUGCUGCUUGCCCAGCUAAACACUCAGUCCCCCCCCAAAAGUCACAUCCUGCACCCCACCAUAGCACCCUCAUACGCCAUAUAGGACACCACACCAUUUUUGCACAUUAAUUUUUGUAGCGCUUUACUACAGUUGUCCAAUCAGCUUUACUGUACCAUUCCAUGGCAAUCAAUCAGAACUUUGACCUGAUAUUCAUGCUCCAGUUGACCAAUCAGAGCAAUUUGCUGUCUAAGAACCUAGUACUUAGUGGCAUAACUGAAAUGUACAAGCCCCAAGGAAAAAUCAUUUUAGGGACCCCUUUAUAUUGGAACUGGGUAUCAGUCAGGGCCCCUUAAACACCCUGGGCCCCUAGCAGUGUCGGGUAAUACCCCUGCCAACACUGUACUGAUCGUACAGAAAUGUGGCUAAAUCGCCUUAAUAGUUUAUGUAUUAAAGGAAAAGUAAACCCUCAAAUGAAUGUAUAAUUUUUUAGGGUACUCCUUUGGGCACUUCUGCAAUUGACCCCCAGGGGGACCUAUACAUUAGUGGGAGCUGCAAUACUGGAUUCCCACAGGCUGGGGGAAGUGUUUUUUAAUGCCCUGACUUCCUGUGCUUCAAUGACAGUAGGGCAGCACUUCCCAUUAUUAAUCCUCCACCAAUAGGAAUCACUUUAUUUCAUAGGGUACUGCCUCUACCAAUAGGAAUCACCGUAUUUCUCAGAGUACUGCCUCUACCAAUAGGAAUCACUGUAUUUCUCAGGGUACUGCCUCUACCAAUAGGAAUCACUGUAUUUCUCAGGGUACUGCCUCUACCAAUAGGAAUCACUGUAUUUCAUAGGGUACUGCCUCUACCAAUAGGAAUCACUGUAUUUCUCAGGGUACUGCCUCUACCAAUAGGAAUCACUGUAUUUCUCAGGGUACUGCCUCUACCAAUAGGAAUCACUGUAUUUCUCAGGGUACUGCCUCUACCAAUAGGAAUCACUGUAUUUCUCAGGAUACUGCCUCCACCAAUAGGAAUCGCUCUAUUUCUGAGGGUACUGCCUAUUAUCCUUGUUGCUAUGGACGCGACUGUGUAAGGCAACGUACCGCUAUAAUAUAGGGCUCAUUUUAUUUUGUAAUAAUUGCUGUUUUCUGUUACUUUCCGUGUAAUUUCCCUCUGUUUUUGUGCAGUUGUGUAACAUGGACAAUAAUUGUGUUGCGUUUUCUCUUUUGUUCUAUGAAAAUUCAUGUUGUUAUGUUCUUACAGAAUCCUCCAGAUUUAUAUUAAAGUGUUAUUUUUGUAAUA